AAAACGGGUGUGGGGGGACGCGUCGAGCUGUCUUCAGCACCACAGCAGUGGGAACAGACAUCAUCCUACAGCUCAUCUAAUAACAUUUAGCCCUGCUCCAUCCAUUCCUCUGCUUUAACACCGUAGGAGCGCGUAUAUAAAACCACACACAUGGAUAAUACCGGCAAGGAGAAGGAGGCCAUGCAGCUGAUGGCUGAGGCUGACAAAAAAGUCAAGUCAUCCGGGUCGUUUCUCGGAGGGAUGUUCGGGGGUAACCACAAGGUAGAGGAUGCCUGUGAGAUGUAUGCGAGAGCUGCCAACAUGUUCAAAAUGGCCAAGAACUGGAGUGCUGCAGGCAAUGCUUUCUGCCAGGCUGCAAGACUUCAUAUGCAGAUGCAGAACAAGCUGGAUGCUGCCACCAGCUUUGUUGAUGCUGGCAAUGCUUACAAGAAGGCUGAUCCUCAAGAGGCUAUCAACUGCUUAAAUGCAGCCAUCGACAUAUAUACAGACAUGGGACGAUUCACAAUUGCAGCCAAACAUCACAUGACUAUUGCAGAAGUGUACGAAUCCGAGCUAGUGGACAUUGAGAAGGCAAUUGCCCAUUACGAACAAGCUGCUGACUACUAUAAAGGAGAGGAAUCAAACAGCUCUGCCAACAAAUGUCUGCUGAAAGUUGGGUUUUAUUGUGCGCAGUUGGAACAGUACCCCAAAGCCAUUGAAAUCUUUGAACAGGUUGCAACCAGCACAAUGGAUAACCCGCUACUGAAAUACAAUGCAAAAGAGUACUUCUGGAAAGCUUCACUGUGCCAUUUCAUUGUGGAUGAAUUAAAUGCAAAGCUGGCCAUAGAGAAGUAUGAAAGUAUGUUUCCAGCAUUUUCAGACUCAAGAGAAUGCAAGCUCUUGAAAAAACUGCUGGAAGCGCACGAGGAGCAGAACAGUGAGGCGUUCACUGAGGCUGUGAAGGAAUUCGACUCAAUCUCUCGUCUGGACCAGUGGCAGACCACCAUGCUGCUGCGCAUCAAAAAGACUAUCCAGGGAGACUCCGGCGACCUGAAAUGAGAUGCCCGUCACACUGUGACACACAUCCCCACUCAUUCUUAUUGUUCUUGUGUGACAAUCUGGUUGAACACUUCUUUAGUAAUGCUAGCUCAAUAAUGUGCCCCAAUGCCAGUCUUUCAGAUAUCUGCCAGUGCUGAGGUGGAUAGUUCUGUAAUAAGACUGGCAUUCAGGAAACCAGAGUUACUUACUGUGUCAAUAUUGUCAAUAUUACAGAGGUUAUCCUUAAGAGUUCUAUUAAAUGGCUAGUGUUGUCCUCUAUCCCUUUAAUCCAACACCUACCGCAUCUUAACCAUAACCUUUGUUUGAUUGUUCCACUCGAUGUGUGGCAUGGAAAAAAAAAACUGCAGAAUUUAAAUCUGCCUGAUGUUCACCUUAAUGUUGUCACUAACAUUGUCUUGCAUGAUAAGUGUUCGUGUUGUUUCGAAAUGUGGCUUCAUGAUUGUGCGGUUUAUUUUGAAAUCAGAAUGAUUUCAUAAAUUUUCAAUUUCAGCUGAAAAUUUACAUUGCCUUUACUUUUGUUUCACCAUUAUAGUGCCAUGCUGUUGUUAUUCACAGGGUCUAAUUUAUUUUUGUAGAUUAUAUCACUGGAGCAGUGUCUCUGGCUUACGAAUGAACAAUACAUGGUUAAGUGAUUUACUGAAGUGUAUUGUGUUGCUGCAAAGAGUUACUUGACUGGACAUACUCAUUAUAUACCAUUUAUUUUAUAGGUAUUGUACUAGACCUUUUUAUUUUUUUAUCAUGUGUAUUAUUUUGAAAUCCAUUUUGUAGUCCAUAUAUGAUAGAGAAAUGGUUUACUGAAAAUACCCCCCCCUACAGCAAGCAUAAUUGACCAGGCUAGUUUUUUAGGUUUUGCAUCUUGUUUAUUUGAGAGUGUUUAAGUUUGAAACUGUACUCUGCCCUCAAAUCCAAAACUUGUUAGUAUUAGUGAUAAGUAUUCAGUUGGAACGCACCCUUAUAUUAACUAGUUUUUGAGUUUGAAUUAUGUUAUAUAGAUAAAAGUGUCAAAAUUGUAAAAUACUACUUUAUUUAUACUCAAAAACUAGUUAGUAUAAAGAUGUGUCAAUUUUUUUACAAUCUACUUUUUGAGUAUAACGUUUAAAAUUACGACAGGUGGACAACACAGGAUAGUACAUAAAUAUUUUGUAUACUAACCUGUCAAACCUGUUUUAUUAAGAUUAGUUGAGACUAUAUAGUACCUUAAAGUGUUAGUGUGCAGAACACAGUUUAAAUGCACCCUAAACUUUAGGCACAAAAGAUCUCUCAACAGAUAAGUAAAAACUGAAUUCAUUUCAUUUAGGUGUGAACCAUUCCUACCAUAAAUGACUACACUCUGAGUUAGGCCUAUUGUGUUGUAUAUCCACAUUCACAUUAGCCUACUUGUCCUUUUACGUUUAAAAUUAAGUAUUUUUGUUUUUUAUGUUUUAAGUUUUUUUUUUUUCCUGAAUAUAGUGUUGAGUUUGGGUUUUACUAACCGUAACCUUAAUUCUCAUAGUGGAGUGUCACAUCUGAAGCAUGUUUGUCCAGUGUGUAUCAAACCUUUCAGAGGUGUAAGAGGACACAGAAACAGAAAUGGGAAAAAAAUGUGGUGGUUUCUUACUGAGACACUGUAACUUAUAAUAAAUGUGUUAUAUUGUGUGCUACCCAAUAAAUAUUAAUGAAAUGGA